AUGCGAUCGAGUAUAGCCUGCGCUCGGUGCCGACGGAGCAAGAUCAAAUGCGUCAAUGCCGGUAUUGACACCACCUGUCGUGCAUGCGAGUCGUCCGGUCGAGAAUGUGUAUAUCCCACCCCGGCAAUCGGCGUGGGCGGUGGUGCGGCCAAACGGGACAUUGCCGCCUUGGCCGAUGGGGAGGAUCGCAACGGGGAUUGGGAUAGCCCCAAGCGACAGCGCUCCCGCAAGGCCGUCGGCGCGUCCGCGUCUGCAGCCAAAGAUGCCGCAAAAGCCUCGCUGGAGGUGCUCGACUCGUCCGUGCUGACCGUCAAGGUCUGGGAGGCCGUCUUUGAUCUUUUCCAGUCGCAUUACGCCCUCAUCCUGCCCUUUCUUCAUCCCGCCUCAUUCCUCAGUCAGAUUCGGCCGCUCUCCGGUGGCACAUCUUCCAGCAAUGCCACCAACUCCGAAAACAACCGAGACUCCGCACAAAGUCCUCCCGCUCCAAAAUCCGAACCCAACCCGCUCAUUCCUCUCGGAGUCCUCGCGCUCACUGCUCGAUUCCAUCCCCAUCUGGUCGCCUACCACUCACCCUCCUCCCCCGGCCACCCGUCGAAUCCCCUCGUCGCAUCCGAAUUCUAUGCGACAGCGCUGCGCAGCCGGCUGGCCGGCGUCGACGGCGCCAGUCUGGCGAUCCCCGAUCUCACACGCGUUCAGGCGCUGCUGAUGCUCGCCCUCCACGAAUGGGGCAUGUGCCGCGGCAAGAGCGCCUGGCUCUAUGUCGGCAUGGCUAUCCGGCUGUCGCAGGCCAUGGGACUGCCGUUUGAGCUGGAGAAUGAGCUCUUCCCUCGUGAGGGUCCCCGAUCGCCUGCCCUCAAAGCCGAGGCGGAGCUCUUUGGCGUGCGACGCGGUCCCGAACCCAAAGAGCAGACGUCCGACGAUGUGAUCGCCCAGGAGACGAAGCGACGGACUUUUUGGGCGUGUUUCCUCCUCGACCGCUGCCUCAGCAGCGGGAAAUAUCGCCCCCGCAUGAUUCGGGUCAAGGAACUCGGCAUUCAGCUGCCCAGCGACAACGCUUUCGCUUUUGGAGAGCGGGUGCGUACGUCGCGUCUGAACGAGCCGUCCGCCCGUCGCCCCCAGAGCUUCGGCUCGCAGGGGAUGCAAAUUCCCAGCAUUCGCCAGAGUCUGGGAGGCUUCAGCGAUGACAAACUGCCCAACAAUGUCCCGCCGGACAACAAGCCGUGGUCUCCGGUCUCCCGGCGAAAGGACUCUAGCGAAGAUGAGAUCGACCGAUGGGAGAUUGGGGCGGAGGAGUCGGUGUUGAGCCGGGUGAUUCGUAUAGUUCGGAUCUGGGGGAGUAUCGCCAAGUGGUCUUGUGCCGGUGGACGAAGAACGGAACAACUCCCCCCCUGGCACGUCGACUCCAGGUUUUCGAAACUCCGGACGAUGCUUGGCGAGUUCCAGGACGGACUCUCGCGCAAUCUGCAGUACUCACCCCGAAAUACCGACACUCAUAUCAUGUACAAGAACAAGUUGGCAUCCUACACGGUCAUGCAUGUGGUGUAUUUCCUCUCCGUCAUUGUCCUCCACCGCGCCUACAUCCCCUUUCUUCCCGUCAGGUGCAACGAGCCAAUCGGCCCCCUGGAUGAGCCACUGUUCCCCGGCGAGAAGUCGGGGUCGCCGGAUGGUUUCUGGAGGGACAGUGCGCGUGAGCUGUUCCGGGCCGCCCGACAAAUGAUGGACCUCGUGGUAACAUGCCAAGAGCGCGGUGUGCUUGUUGAAAAUCCUCUCGUCGGGUUUGCCAUCUACAACGCGGCCUUUAUCGGCAUCUAUGCGGCACACUUUCAGCACAUGGACCUGGAGGGAUCGUUGUGCCUCAAGGCCGGUGUCACUGAUGGAACGCAAGGCCAGGCGCAGACUCGAAAGGCUCUCGAUAUCUUGCGAGAUAUGCGGUCUCGCCUGAAGAUGGCCAAUGGAUGGUUCCGCACGCUGAACCGACUGCACAGCUACUUUUCCAAGGUGAAACGGGACUUCCGACGCCACUCCCGCCUGGACGCUGUUGACCCGCAUACCAACGGACUUCGUCCUGUCCGGGAGGGCGGUGCCGGAGGCGGCCUCGAGGAGUUCAAGUUGCUCGAAAAGUUGUUCCUCGACUUUGGCAGCAUCGACGACCGGCUGCCCGAGAACAAUGCCGACGAUGACGUGGCCGACCGUGCGACCAACGUCAGUGACGCGGGCAGUAACGCCGUCCGCAGUGACCCUGGCGAGAUCGGCGAGCCUGCCGUCGAUGGCGCGGGCGGCCGUCGCGAGUCGUGGGUCCCCAUCAACAGCCCUGGCCUCCCUCUGCCGGGACCGGAUGCCGAGCGGCGGCCCAGCCUGCCGUUGCCUCCGCGGGCCUUGCAGUCGCAGUCGCCUUAUUCGCUCCCGUCGCUGCAGCACCAUCCCGACGGUCCUCUCUACGGCACCUCCUCGCCGAACCUCCCGUCUCUUGGGCCUGCUGCGACGUAUGGAGGCCCCUCGCCGACCUCGACCGGGGCGUCCCAGUAUGGCCAAGUGCCACCCUCCAACCGUCUCCAGCCAUUGAACUCGUGGCUCACCCGUCAACAAGGCCCGUACUCCCAGUCGCUGCCUCCUAUCAACCAGGCGACCUCGCAUGGCCUGCCACUGCUGCCCCCGCCUGGAUCUGUCAACCACCCGGCAGCCUCGCCCCCAGUGACGGUUGACGGAUUUGACGGUGUCGUCCCGAACGGCAUGUGGUCGACCAGCCUUGGCGGGGAUGAUGUCGUCGCAUUCCUGGAGGGAUGCGACUCGGACCAGCUCUCUAGCAUGAUGCCAUCAGAGGUUGGCAUUCCCGCGGGGUGGUUGAGCACGGUGUGGAAUGAAUUUUCACGAUAG